AUGGACACGUUCCUCCAGCUGGACACAAGUGGCGUAUACAGCGACAAUGACCUGGACCUCAGUGCGUCUGUCGACCUGGAGACGCAGAUCCAGCGUCACGUGGUGGAGACGAGUCUGACGGAAGCGCUGUUCGGAGACCAGCCGUGCUCUCCUGUUGUGGCAGGGGAAGAAGUCACUGGUACGGGACACGAGCAGUCGGCAGCUACGGACUUGGGCAGACUGGAGCGUCAGCACUAUCUACAGCGCGUCUCGUCCAUUGAGAACGCGAUGCAGGUGGCGGAGAACGAGAUGCAGCAGCGGAUCGACGCGAUGAAGCGCAUUUUGGAGCUCACCGAUUCCAGACAGCAGCUGGUCCAGUACAUGGCGCUCAAGCAGGAGAUCAGACGAGACGGCGACGUCGUGGACAUUGCGGAGGAUCUGCUGCAGUGCGCGGAUCGCAUGGACAACGAGGAAGACAGCGAGGUGGCCACAUUGGGCGCGUGCUUCUUCUUGAGCGACCGACAAGAACCCAAGAUACGACAGAGGACAACGAUGCAACCAGUUGUGGCGGCCAUGAUGGAGGCCGUCAAUGGACUAGACCAUGAUACGUCUUUUUGA